GGCGGCGGGAGGGAGGCGGCCGGGGCUCGCAGCAGCCUGACCCUGGCGCGGGGCGGUGUCGCGCGCGGUUCCAGGUCCCCGCGCGGGGCCGCGGCUGGAGCGAGCUCCAGUUGGCCGAGAGGGAGGAGGGGGUCGGCUCGGCGUCCACCAGCCCCUGGAGCCCAGGAUGGAUGUGCCCGCCCGGGUGUCCCGACGCGCGGCGGCGGCGGCGGCCACUAUGCUUCUGCGGACGGCCCGCGUCCCUCGCGAGUGCUGGUUCCUGCCGACCGCGCUGCUCUGCGCCUAUGGCUUCUUCGCCAACCUUCGGCCGUCCGAGCCCUUCCUCACGCCCUACCUGCUGGGGCCGGACAAGAACCUGACCCAGAGAGAGGUCUUCAAUGAAAUUUACCCAGUCUGGACCUACUCUUACUUGGUGCUGCUGUUCCCUGUGUUCCUUGCCACAGACUACCUCCGUUACAAGCCUGUCAUCCUGCUUCAGGGACUCAGCCUUAUUGUUACAUGGUUCAUGCUGCUCUAUGCCCAAGGACUGCUGGCCAUUCAGUUCUUGGAAUUCUUCUAUGGCAUCGCCACAGCCACUGAAAUUGCCUACUACUCCUACAUCUACAGUGUGGUCGACCUCGGCAUGUACCAGAAAGUCACAAGUUACUGUAGAAGUGCCACCUUGGUGGGCUUCACAGUGGGCUCUGUCCUGGGGCAAAUCCUCGUCUCAGUGGCAGGCUGGUCACUGUUCAGCUUGAACGUCAUCUCCCUCACCUGCGUUUCUGUGGCUUUUGCUGUGGCCUGGUUUCUGCCCAUGCCACAGAAGAGCCUCUUCUUUCACCACAUUCCUGCCUCCUGUCACGGAGUGAAUGGCAUCAAGGUACAGAAUGGGAGCAUCGUUACUGAUGCCCCAGCAUCUACCCACCUUCCUGGAUGGGAGGACAUUGAGUCAAAAAUCCCUCUCAAUUUAGAUGAACCUCCCGUGGAGGAAACGGAGCCCAAGGCCGACCGGCUGCGUGUGCUGAAGGUCCUGUGGAAUGACUUCUUGAUCUGUUACUCUUCCCGCCCUCUGCUCUGCUGGUCCGUGUGGUGGGCCCUCUCCACCUGCGGCUAUUUUCAAGUGGUGAACUACACACAGGGAUUGUGGGAGAAGGUGAUGCCGUCUCAGAGUGCGGUUAUCUACAACGGCGGUGUGGAGGCGGUCUCAACCUUGCUGGGUGCUAGUGCUGUGUUUGCAGUUGGCUAUAUAAAAAUAUCGUGGUCAACUUGGGGAGAAAUGACGUUAUUCCUGUGCUCUCUCCUGAUCGCUGCUGCAGUGUAUAUCAUGGACACUGUGGGGAACAUCUGGGUGUGCUAUGCAUCCUAUGUUGUCUUCAGAAUCAUCUACAUGGUUCUCAUCACCAUAGCAACUUUUCAGAUUGCUGCAAACCUCAGCAUGGAGCGUUAUGCCCUUGUGUUUGGUGUGAACACCUUCAUUGCCCUGGUAUUGCAGACUCUGCUCACUCUAAUUGUGGUGGAUGCCAAGGGCCUUGGCUUAGAAAUUACCACACAGUUCCUGAUUUACGCCAGUUACUUUGCAGCCAUCUCUGUGGUUUUCCUGGCUAAUGGUACAUACAGUGUUAUAAAGAAAUGCAGAAAGCAGGAAGAUCCCAACCCCAGCCCUCAAGCCACCACUUCCUAACCUGCUGCUCAAGUGCUGCUGCUUCCAAGCCAGAACUCUGCCCAGCAACUACCUGGAUGGAUCAAAACUCUUUCUUUAUGGUUCAGAUAAAUAUUUAUGAAUGUGUAUUUCAUGGCUUCAAAGCAGCUACUCAAUUAAUACCUUGUAUUCCUGGAGUUAAUAUAAUACUGUUGAGAGAAACCAGAACUGAAGCUUUUUUCAUGGAUUAUUUAUGAGCAUCAAUUUAAGAAUGACUUUUUCUAAUAGACAAAAACAAAAAGAAGAAUUUGAUUUUGGAAACCAAGUAAUCAAGAGUGAUCAAGUGGCCCAUCUGCUGUUUCCUUGGUUAGCGUGUGAGUGUGAUAUUUGAGUCAUGUGGUAGGGUCAGGCCUUCAGAGACCACAGGAUGAUAUAAGUCGGGCUAGAUGUGCAUCCCGUCAGCACUUGCCCCAUCCAGCUUCAUUCUACUUUCAGUGUUACUCAUGGGCAUGUGUGUUUCUGCAGAUGGAAAUGAUUCCUCACUGGCAAUAUUUGCUCCGGACUAAUGUUCUGUCUUCUAAGGAGUGUCAUUUCUAAGUUUAUUUUUUAAAUUCAUUGUAUGAAUGUUCUUGGUUCCCAUUUUGACCAUUAUGUAUUUUUGGAAACUUUCUUUAGAAGUACAUUUCUGCAUUAUUCAUAUGCUUCCCAGAGAAGCUCAUUUCAUUAGAAAAGGCAAAUUUUAAAGCCUGCUGCUAAUCUAAAUGGGGAGAGCUAACCACAGAACUCAUGGUAGGUUUGCUUGUCUUUAAUACUUCAGUAUGAAGGACUCGUAAUUCCAAGUGAAAAAGUCAUUUACAGGUUAGAGAUACAGGCAGCCCAUUUUAUAUUUGCGCACCCUUUUAUUUCCAAAAUAAAAGUAACUAUUUUCCUUUGAAACAACUUCAUUCCCCUAUGCCUUUCAUGUUGUUAUCUUGGCAUUCUUAUCCAAGAUGAAAAUGUCAGUAGGAAUGGAAUUAUUCUAAGGCCUUUUUCAUUAACUGAGCCUCUUUUUAAUUAUUGUAUUGGAGCUGGAACUAGGGUAGACUUGAUGCCUGCAUUCUGGACCUUAAACCUGCCUUUAUUCCUAAGGUUAGAUCAUCUUGAGAGAUACUUAAAAUUUGUUCCAUUUCCUCGUUACUUGAAGAAUGGUGUUCUAUGUACUAUUAUUUGUGAGACCUAAAGACUAUUUCAAAGCCAACUUUGUUGCCUUAUUGUGCAAAGACUCUAGGUAGGUGCUUUUAACUAGAGUGUUGACUUUCUAAGAACAGCAUAGCUAAACAGUGUUAUUAAUAUUAAGACUGCAACACCUGGGCCGGGAUAACGUUCCAUAGUAGAGAGCUUGACCAGUGUUUGGAAGACCCUUGCUCGAGCACUAGCACUGAGAAGACAGUACCGCAGAACUGACAUAGAAGAAAUAAAGGUAAUAAUAGGUCAUUCCGUGCGCCUUCCUUUCCAGCUGGGGAGAGGAACACUAAGGAGGAGAGGGAGGACUAAGGGCAUAGUAGCAACCUCCAGUUUUACGUUUUGUUCACCCUCUGCACACCUUUCCUUUUAGCUCCAUAGGAAGUUGAUUGCCCAGAAACACAAAGUACUAUGUUUGAGAAAUUUUAUUCUUUGUCUUUUAAAUAUCAUGUAUUGUGGUACAAUCAAAUUGUUCACAUUACCAAAGCAACAUUUCCUUGGAAUUUAAUCCACAAUUUGUGGCACCCAAUCUGAUCCUUCUUACCUGUCUAAAUCAAAAAUAUGUUCACAUCUUGCUAUGUGGCCAUAUUUGUAGAAUGCUGAACCCGAUGUGCUGGUUGUACUGUAUGCACUUUUAUGAAGAAGUGAUAAUAAUUUGUUGUACUUUUUAUUCAAUUCUGUAUAGAUUAUAAAACUAUUUUUAUUAAAUAAAUAUUUUACAGUA